AUGUUGCUGACCUCGCACGCAGCAAGGGACGAAAAGACCGGUACCUAUACUCCUGAAGCGGAAACUUUCUUGAGAGACAUGGCACAGCGUCUGAAACUGUUUCACACACUACACUGGGCAUCACAAUCUCGUCGCUUCUACCCCCUUUUGACUAAAAAAGGAUGGGAUCGCAUGGUGGAUCGAGGUCUCUUGACUCAACGAGAGCGGAAGCGACUACAAGCAUUGAACCUUUCUCCGGAUCAAAAACAGGUCGGUGUGCUGCAGAGUAUGGUGGUGAAAUGUCAAAAAGGAAUGAGAGACAAGAAAGUGACUGGUAUACGGACCUAUUCCUUGGAAAAGAAAGUGCUAGAAGAGUUUUGUACGCUCCGAGGAAUCUCAGCGGGCAUUGCAGAUCUCGUGGCAGGCAGGAUGCCGUUAGCCUAUGUUCACUUUGUAGAAGUGCUAGUAGAUUCGUUCCUGAUUUGCGCUCCCAUUGCCAAAUAUUCCGAGUUGGGUAUCUUUUCAGUGUUAUUGACUGGAGUCCUGUCUUUCUUCUACCAUGGACUGCUGGUACUCGCCAAGGUAUUCCUGGAUCCACUGGAUAAUGAGCGUUAUAAAGUCGGGUGUGUCUAUCUUGACUUGGCAGUGUUAUUGCGAGAAAGUAACGUUGGAAUCGACAAGUAUAUUGAUGCAGCGGAAACCAUUUAG